UACCUCUCUCUCCCUCAGUACACCAACACUACCUCUCUCCCUCAGUACACCAACACAACCUCUCUCUCCUGCAGUACAGAAACACAACCUCUCUCACCCCAAGCACAGCAACACAGCUUCUCUCUUCCUCGGUAUCACAAUGUCUCUCUCUCUCAGUAACACAACCUCCUAAAAUUUCACCUACUGCUAAUAAACGCAUGUGCCAAAGAUAGGUGACUUGCCACACAAAGUGCUGGCAGUGAGAAUUCAAACUCAAAGGUUCCUGUCGGGAGGUAGUGGCAGAAAUACCCCCACACCCAGGCCGCCUAAUUAAAUACGAGCACAGGUACAGAUGAGCCAGGUAAUCGUGGGCUGGGAUUGCCCUCAGGGGGAAACAGGGAAAGUGAAAAAGAGAGAAAGGGUAAGGGCCGUUGGGGGGUGCGGGUAUAACCGGAGGAACAGCGGGGGCAUUGUUGCAGUUGAAGGGCACGUUAUGCAAUGAGCGCAGGAAUUUUGAAUAUUUCAGAGCAGGACGGACUGUGAGCUGACACAUGUGACGGCAAAAUAAAGACCUGGAAAACACUGCCAGGAGGAGGGGGGCGUAUUUUAGAUAUAAUUAGACCUGCCUGAGAAAGGACUCCAGAGGAAGCCCGGUGGAAUGACAGGCGAGGCGCAGGCGGGGAGCCGGGAACAGUCCCACACGGAAUAAGGCCGAAGGUCACCUCAAACAAAAUAGGGUGCUCACUCGGCACCCAGUCAUAUCAGGUCAAUGUACGUUGCCUGAAGUCAGUGUAGCAGUAGAUUGACUGCGGUGUGUACAGGAAGAAUGGAAAACAAUAUACACUAAUUCAACACCCUGCGACUAUCAUAAAAGAGUAUGAUGCAUGAAAAUUCAAGAGUGCCAUCUCCAGAUGUACUAACAUUAAUUUUGAUUAAACUGCUGAUUGUUUCGAAUUAAAUGUUCACUUCCCACUAGCUUGUCACAAGAGAUGUCUAUUUUGGAAAAGUAAUCCAAAAACCCAUUCAGUAGGUCAAGAAAAUACAUGGAACUACUAAAACCUAACCACAAUACGUAGAAAUACGUGGAAAUACAUGGAAGAACAAUUAUCACUACAAUAUAUUCACGGAAUUAUCUUACAUCGGAAUCUUAGACAUUCCCGUUGACAAUUGCCUGUUCACACCGGUGUGACUGCGACAUCUAUUGGAGCAAUAGCAGCACUGCGCUAAUGAAAAAAAGAUUUACUUCAGUCUUUUGGAUAAUCAAAGGAACUCUUCAGAUAGAGGAUAAAUAGCCUUAAAACUUUUGCUGUGAAACUUACCAUUUCAUCCAGAUUUGAACAGCACUAUUAAACUACUAGAAGCGGUUGGUUGUUACAUGGCAAGCAGUAUUGAUCAAGUGACAGUUUGUUCAGUGUGUUAGAUUAUUAUAGUUCCUGUAUUUUCCAUAAUUGAUGUGUUAUGAGGAGCCAAUAGCAUGAGACCGCCUAAUAAUUUAGCCCUAGACUUCUGUGACGCAGGAUUCAGUUCUGUUUGCAAACAGGGAGACACGCAAUAUCUAUCUAUCUAUAUAUAUAUAUGUAUAAUGUGAUACUGUUUUUUAGGUGUAUCUUUCACAGUUAUCAUAUUUCAGGUUUUCCCAAAUGGCCUAGUACCCUGCUUUUAAUAUUCGGCAAUGGGUUUUUAUUACAGUGUUCUUGUUCAUUUCAAAAUUCGAGUUUAUUAUGCAGUUCAGAUCAAAUGAUAGUCUAAGUUCCAUUAGCCUACAUAUUGCGUAACAAUGAACAAUUGAAAGAUAUACAGAAGGCUAACUAUAGCUAUCAAGCCACGUGUGGCACUCUGUUGACAUUCCAUACUGAGGCCCGGGGUUGAACGUCCAGAAAAACACGUUUACACACAUUCUUUACAGCUUGCUUAAACACGUCGCGCAAGGCCACUGCCGUACGGAAUUUGCGUCUGCAUAUUUAUGUUCUGCCCACAGCGAACAUCGUCUAUUUCUGCCUUGGUUGAAAUUUCACCUCGCAGUUGUGUCUGAAUGAAUUCAACAACACUGUUGUCGGCUGGUGAACUUGGGAUGUCGUCGCCACGGGAGAGAAGCGACCACACAGCUUUUGUGGAUGAAGGCCUUCUAUACGUGUGGGGUGGACAUCACUCAGUCGCGGGUGAACAAGUUUUCUUACCGAGUGAUGAGAUAUGGGUAUAUGAAAUGAGCAGUGGUGUGUGGUCCAGUUACGCCAUGGGAGGGGAGGUUCCACCAACUCUGUCACAGACCUGUGGCUGUUGUCUCAAUGGGGUGAUGUACAUCUUUGGUGGCGGUUCUGAGAAUGGCCACACUAACCAGCUUUAUUGUGUUAACCUCCUGGAUGGAAUGUUCACCUGGAAGAAAGUGACGGACAGUGAGGGGUCUCCGCCCUCGCCCAGAGACAAGCAUUCGUGCUGGGUGUACGCAGACAGAAUUAUCUACUUUGGUGGAUACGGAUGCAAGCAGAUACGGGAAGUUAGCAACACCAGAAGUUUCAUCACUGAUGAAAUGUCCUGGGUGACAAUUGGGGCCACGGUAUUCAGGUUCUGGGGUUGGAACAAUGAAGUCCAUGUUUUUGACCUCAGAACGAACACUUGGAGUGAACCUCAAACGCACGGUGUUCCCCCAAAGCCCAGGGCAUCCCAUAGUAGUGCCACCCUGGGCAGGAUGGGGUAUGUGUGUGGGGGCGUGGAGGCCUCGUCGAUGGACAUUCACUGUCUGGAUCUGGAGACGUGGACAUGGACGGAAAUUGUGCCCGUGUCGGCGGUGCCCGUGGAGCGCUCGUGGCACACCCUGACGCCGUUAUCGGACAGCACCCUCUUCCUGUUCGGUGGGGUGAACAUGGCGGGAAAACCUCUGAGCGAUGGCUGGAUUUUUGACGUCCAGACAAAGGAGUGGAGAGAGAUGCAGCACCCACACAAAGACAAUCCAAGGUUGUGGCACUCCGCUUGCCUAGGGCAGGACUCUGAUGUCAUCGUGUUUGGGGGAAGUCGUGACUAUGCGCUGGUAAUGGACACCAUCUCUUUUCUUCAGUCACCAUCUCAGAAGCACUGCAGCGAUCUGCUGGUUUUCCAGGCCCAGCCUCUCUCCCUCCACAGGCUGUGUGAGGAUUGCAUUGGAAGAAACGCAAGGACUCUAGAAAAGCAACUGUCAUGCUUACCGAAAAAAAUUCAGGAAAACUUGAGGAAGAGGAUUUCCUUCUUUAAAAUGGCGAAAUCUCAGGGAACGUGCAGUUCUACAUAGUUGUUGAUGAAUAUAAGAAGUGUGUGUUUAUCCAUAAUUGUUUUGUGGUUAUUCAUGUGAUUGAAUGUGAUUAUGUCUUAUUUAAAGCUUUAAAAAUAUAUGACAGUAUAGGCCAAAUGUUUAAAUGUGACAUGUACACUGUGUUCAUUUUAUAUUUUCAUGUGUAUUCACGUAUUACAACCUCAGUGCCUAUCCACACAGUUCAUAGAUGUUUUCUCAAGUUAGAAUAUUUACCUUGAAGCACAAUAGGGAAGAUCUUAGAGAUACCUCAGACUUUUUCAAGCUGUAAGUUUCAUCUAACCCAUUGAAAAUCAGAACAUGCUCAGAAGCUUGAGACAACGGGUGCAAUACAAUGUGUGCUAUACAGUAGCUAUUACUUGCUGAAAAUGUUAUACUAUAUGCUUGUAUUCACAUGAUUCAGUUACUAUUUAUAAAAAGAUUACGGCUGUGUAAGCAAAUGUUUUACGUGCACGUCAUUCAGUUAUACCUCAUGCAAAAAACAUUCCCGUCUUGUAGGUUUGCAUGUCAACCCUAGGCUGGCUCACCUGAUUCUGCUAAGUAGCAGCUCAGUGAAAUCUCUUGCUGUUGAAUGAGGUGUGCCUUAUUAGGGUUGGAGUGAAAAUCUUCAGGAACAGGGUUUGGAACCACUGUUUUACAUUAAUAUGCACAAAAUCACUGCAUAAAUUCAUAUUUGAGCAGGAUUUGUAUGGAUCCACUAAGUGAUGAAAGCAACAAAAAAAAAAAAUCUAAAAAUCUGAUGACUAUCACAUGUUGAAACUGCCACAAUGCAAUGAUGGCUUAAAAUAUUAUUUGGCCAGUUACAAAGACUCAGGCCUUCUCUGUGAUUUAUACUGGAAUACUGACCUCCAGCUUCUCUACUGAACCUUAAAUUAGUUUUUAUACUGGAGUGCUGACCUCCAGCUUCUCUACUGAACCUUAAAUUAGUUUUUAUACUGGAGUACUGACCUCCAGCUUCUCUACUGAACCUUAAAUUUGUUUUUAUACUGGAGUACUGACCUCCAGCUUCUAUACUGAUCCUUAAAUUUGUUUUUAUACUGGAGUACUGACCUCCAGCUUCUAUACUGAUCCUUAAAAUAGUUUUUAUACUGGAGUACUGGCCUCCAGCUUCUCUACUGAACCUUAAAUCUGUUUUUAUACUGGAGUACUGACCUCCAGCUUCUAUACUGAUCCUUAAAUUUGUUUUUAUACUGGAGUACUGACCUCCAGCUUCUAUACUGAUCCUUAAAAUAGUUUUUAUACUGGAGUACUGGCCUCCAGCUUCUCUACUGAACCUUAAAUCUGUUUUUAUACUGGAGUACUGACCUCCAGCUUCUAUGCUGAACCUUAAAUUAGUUUUUAUACUGGAGUACUGACCUCCAGCUUCUCAACUGAGCCUUAAAUUUGUGAAAGAUUCGCCAAAACCCCAAUAAUUUGAAACAGGAACUCUUGAAUCGGUUGCAAUGCGACAUCAGUUCUACACUACACACUUAAAAGACAAUCUGUUCAUACAGCAGUUACACUUUUCAGAUAACCAAAGCUAUCCAUAUCCAGAUAAAAUGGUUAGAUAACUAGGUUAUGAUCUUAUAUAAUUAAAUGUUUAACACAAUUGGUUUUUUAAUUAGUAUAGAAAUCUGAUUAGAAACCAAGUACAUGUGACACAGAAUUUGUUUAAGAAGACUAGUGACUACUAUACAGUAAUAUCUACACAGGAAUUUCUCUCAGCGUAUUAUGUAUUGUAUUGUGUAAAGUACAUUUUUCUUAAGUAACCCACUAGGAUCAAUGUGAAAUGAGGAAAAUGGGAUUAAAAAAUUGUUUAAGGGAAAUUGUUUAUGUGGAUGUACGAGCACACACUAAUGGCUAUACCCCUUCAAAAUCUAAUGUAUUAAGGACUGGUACAGUAUGUCCAACCAAACAAUAUUCUCUAGGUUUUCUUGUAAAUAUAUCCAACCCAGGUGUCCCACAUAGGUGUGGUGGGAUCCAUCAAGAAUCUGUCACAACAGUCAGGAGCUUUUCUGCCAAGAUCACCAUAUGCAAUUGAAGCACCUAGCCAUUGAAGAUGAAUAUAUGCACUGGUUUGGUUUGCUUUAUUGGUGAAGGAUCUGUGUGAAAGAAAGUUGUGAUCAGUCCUAGGCAAAAGCGUAUUACAGAGGCUUUAAAUAAGAUCCCUGGGCACCUAUGGUACUUACAGAGUGAGGUAGCAGUUUGGCAGACCAGUGUAUAGCAUAUACCGUUGAGCUGGGAUUGUAACCAGAUUAAAGAACCACAAACCACACAAUUUAGAGGGAAUUAUUACUAAAAAUAGUUUCCAUGGUGUAAAAUCCCCAUUAUUACGCAUUUUGUGCUAAAAGAAAAGAAUGUAUGUGCUUAGAUAGUGCUGUGUAAUAUCUGCUGUUGUGCAAUAGUGACAUUUAUGAGCAUUUUGGAAAUGAAUGUGUAACAUGAACUCUGCAAUCUCUCUCAACUACAGAAUGCAAUAAUUAGCAUCUGCUCCGAUCCAUGACUGUAGUCAAAUACAUGGUCUUCUGCAUUUAGUGUAGACAGUACACGCUGUUUCCAAAAUCAGCACAGUUGCAUGUAAUUCAUACCUUCUCAGGGUCUAUACCAGUGGUUUUCAACCUUGGUACGGUGACUUACUGUGAAUGCUGGUUUUUGUCAAAGCCAAACUCAUUUAAGUUUGUUGACAAUGUGUUUAAGCUCUACCAUACUUGUGCGGUUAAACUUAUUUGAACACAAUGCAGGUUGUGGUUGUUGCCAUUUGCUAUCAGUAAACUGUAUUCAUUAAAAUAGAA